AUGCCUCCGAGGAAAAGAAAGACAGUAGAGAAGCAGCCCACUCUGGAGGAACUUACAGAUCAACCCGUCAAGGUUGUGACGUCGACCAAAACAGAGCAUGCCACGACGUCGAAAAAGCAGAAAACGACGGGUGGUACUGAUGCGAAGCAGCAGGAAUCCAAGAAUGACCUUUUCUUGAAGCGACGUGCCAAGAAAACUGGCGUGGCAGAAAAUCCUGCCCCAAAGACGCAGCACGAAGCUGAGCCCCAAAAGGACAAGGCGAUCGGAUCUGAAGCUGGCAUUUGGAUAAACAGGGCUCCCACUCUCACCCUGUGGGUGUCCAUCGUUGCGCGACAGCAAGGAUUCAGCAAGGAAGCAGGCCUUACUUUUGGCAAGACCAUAGCGGGCAUUCUGGCCCACAGCAAGGGCCGGUCGAUUGGGAUAUACGAAGACCAUGACAAGAGCGAGGCAGAGGUGCAGGAGAAGAAGGAGAAAGAGGAGGCCAUGGGGGUGGAGAGGGCUGACAUCAAGACUUUGAAGGAUCAGGACGGGAACGAUGUGCGCGCUCUCGACAGCGAUGAUCAGGCAGUGGACCCCAGCAAAGUGCAGAGUUACCUGACUAGAGCGUUUGGGACCAGGCUGCCCGAUGCUGAGCGGGCCCUCACAGCACUGGCGGAGUCAUACAGUGAUGCUGAUGAGCUGGCAAAGGAGGCGUACAACCUGUACUCAGAAUUCAGGCCCCAGAUCCAGACAGGGCAGUCAGGAUGGGGCCAAAAGGGACUCUUGGACCUGCAGCACAUUAAGCAGCUGCACAAGAAGUAG